CCCUAACCUGUCGAGUGACAAGCAUCAAACUUGGCUCCUGAUUUGAUUCUUUCUCCAAAGUCGCGUCUUCUCCGAUCUGGCCUCUGACCCGAACCCAAUCACUCCAUGGGGGAACACAAGGCCGCCACCGACGGCGAGUCGUCGAGGACCUCGCCAAAGUUAUUAGCUGCCGCUGAUCGGAAGUUACUUAAGGUGGAGCUCCGGCGAGGCGAGACGACGUACGUCUCGUGGAAGAAGCUUAUGAAGGAGGCUAGCAAGGGUCAUGGUUCAUCGGCGCCCGACCCCGACUCGGUACCUAAUGCUAACCCUAAUCUUGAGGCUCACCUUGCACCGGGUCCACCAGCAGAAGGUGAAAUGGUCGACCAACCUCAUUCUAAUCGUUUUAACGCCGUUAUUGAGAAGAUCGAAAGGCUCUACAUGGGGAGAGAUAGUAGUGAUGGGGAAGAGUUAGAUGGUGCUCCGGAUGAUGACGAGUAUGACACUGAAGAUUCAUUCAUCGAUGACGUUGAAUUGGAUGAGUAUUUUGAAGUUGAUGAUGCGAAAAUUAAACAUGAUGGGUUUUUUGUCAACAAAGGAAAGUUAGAACAGAUUGAACCGUCCACAGCAACAAUGUCAAACCAAAAGCCAAAGAAAAGGCAAAGGAAAGAGUCAGCAAAACCUCCCGGCGAUGUUGUUGAUGUAUCCAGAAAACAAGCCAAGAUAGCCAAGACAGAUGGGGGAAGGGUAGAUCAAUCAGCUGCUUCUGGGCCUUCGCUGAAGAAAAAAAUCAGUGAUUCAAAGACAGUGCAGGAUUCGGUUUCUCCUUUAAAACCUCAAAGUGGCAAUGACUUGGAAAAUGUGAAGCAUAGUGAUAAAGCGAAUCUGCUGAGAAACGCCCUAAGUCCGAGGUCAAAGGCAGCUGAAUCUUCUGGGGCCCUUCAUAUGAAGCACAGCAACAAAGGUGCUCAUCAGCUAUCUAAUUCCCUGCCAGGGAAAUCUGGGCCAGAUGUUUUGGCUAAAUCAACAGUAGUCCGUCAGAAGGAAAACACUGACAAUGCAAUAUUAAGCAGACAAUCUAUUCAGAGAAAAGGCGGUUCUAAUGCCAGGCCUAAAACCUCAACACUUGAGAAAGCCUUCAGGGAAUUGGAGAAGGUGGUCGCUGAAUCAAGGCCUCCUGCUGCUGCCACUGAGAAUCAAGAUGCUGAUACCUCCUCAUCCCAAGCAGUGAAGAGGAGAUUGCCAGGAGACGUUAAAUCAAAGCUUGCUAAAGUUGCUAGGAUUGCGCAGGCGAGCCAAGGGAAUGUAUCAGGAGAGUUGAUCAAUCGUCUCAUGAGCAUUGUCGGUCAUCUAAUACAAGUUAGAUCGCUGAAGAGGAACUUGAAAAUCAUGAUUGAUUCCGGAGACUCUGCAAAUCGAGAGAAAGAUAACAAGUUUCAACGUAUCAAGAAUGAAGUUGUUGAGAUGUUAAAAACACAAGUUCCAUUGAUUGAGUCCCAGGCAACCAAUCAGGAAGCUGGAACAUCAGACGAUUUUCAAGAUGUUGGUCCACCUACGAAGAAGAAGUUUGUCAUGGAUGCAGCGAUGGAGGACAAACUAUGUGAUCUAUAUGACAUCUUCGUUGAUGGAUUGGAUGAAGAUUCAGGUCCACAUAUCAGAAAGCUUUAUGCAAAUUUAGCUGAACUAUGGCCAAAUAGGUUAAUGGACAAUCAUGGGAUCAAGCGUGCCAUUUGCCGGGCAAAGGAAAGGCGGAGAGCAUUGUAUGAAAAUCAUGGGAAGGAUGUGGGUCAAGGGAAGAUGACUAAGAGGAAACAGACGCUACCAAAACCAGAGGGUACUACUGCCUAUCCCGAGAAGGCUUCAAGUGUUGGAGAUAAAACAACAGGUGUUGUUGUCCCAAGCGCAACCACCACGUCCUUAGACACCACUCAACCUACAGUUGACAAAUCAAAGCAGCAACAUGAGAAACUGAAGGGAUCCUCAAGCUCUUCAGCAGAAGCAAAAGCAGCCAGAAAAAAGACAGAAAAGGCUGUUGAAGUUUCUCACUUGGCCACAGAGAAAGCUAUUGUUCUUGCUCUGAAGCAGCAGACACAAGCUCCCCCGGACCUGAACCUGCCAAGUUAAAGCACUCCGGCCUAGUUUCUGUAGUUGAAGCCUGGCUCUAGCCUUGCCUUUGUUUGUAACUUUAAUGUAUCUUCUAAUUUUGCGUCUAGUCAUAAUUUUUCCGAGUGUAUUUUCUUUGAAGUAGGAGAGGAAGUCCUACUUCCUCUCUCAUGUGUACAAAUUAUCAAGUUUUUUUCAAAAGAAGCUUGUUUU